AUGGCGCCACGCAUGUUACUGACUGGCAAUAUACGACACUAUAGCUACGAAUGCAAAGCUACGGCGCAAGAGCGCCCCUACAAGGCUCGGCCCUCAAGAACCCAGCAACUGUUGAAUCCGACACUGGUGCCUAAACUAUCAGAGGACGUGCAGCGGGAACCAGGAGAUACGGCUGGUUUGGCCGACAAGAUCCUCGCUGGCCGAGAGGCGGACAGAGGCACGACGAGACACUCGGCCGAAAUCCCCGGAGACCUUCAAGAGAAAUCACCAAGACGGGCCAGAUCACUAUCAUCAAAUUCGGUAGAUUCAGUCUCGACGAUAUCUACCAACCGGUCUGCAUCUGCCUCCCGCGAGCGUUCCAGCAGACGUGCCUCAGACGCGCUUGACCGCGGUGGCUCUGCUUCACCUCUGCCAACUGGGUCAAGGAAAAGACGCUACAGUGAUGCCUCGGAAGAUGCUUCAGCAAAGUCAUAUUCAUCGCACGAAAAACAGCGAUCUUUGUCGAGAGAGUGGACUGAGGAUAGAAACAUCCGACGGCGACGCCGGGAGAGCAGCCCCGAGGAAAGGGGUCGACAUCGAGCCACGGGGACACAUGACUCUCGAAAAUCCGACCGGCGCAGCAGAAGCCUUGAGAAAAGUCGCAUCGCAAAGCAGCGACGAUCAAUGACGCCCGAUGCCGCGUACGAGCAUUCUGACAAACGUACGUAUAGGGACCGAGGCUCCCUUGAACGACAAUCCCAAGCAGACCGUGCCAGACAAACCCCCCGAACACGAGGAGGACCACCACGCGAGCGAAGUUUGAGUCCUUACAGCAAACGGAUUGCCUUGACGCAAUCAAUGAAUCUCGGCCGGUGA